GUCUGCGAGGUGCUGCAGCAGUUCUACAACGAGCCUUACGCACAGCACUUGAAGCAGGACUGGCUGCUGAAGGCCCUGAAGAUCCCGGAGGCACGCCGUCGCGACGCGAACCACUUCGCUGAACUCUUCAACACCGCCACUGAGGAUUUCUUCUUGUGCGCUCAGCAACACGGGAUCACGGCCACACCACUCUCAAAACACACUUUAGCGACGUGCACCUUAUUUCGCCUCUUGCUCACUUCGCAGAAGCCUCCAAAGGCAUUCGUUCUACGCUUUGGGCCUAUCCUGCGGCUUGUCGCCAACUUCAAGGGCGACUGUGGCAAACGGUACACACCCCACGACGCGUGUGGUGAGAAUGUGGAACUCGCGGCGAACCGACUCCCGGCCUACUUCACCCGCCUCGCAGACAGUGCUGCACUGCCUGUAGGAGCACCAGACCUCAUGCUUCCCGUGGCCUCGCCACCGGUCGCGCGCUGGAUUUGCGGCGAAGGGUUCACGCACAGCGGCGCCUUCUUCAAGCACUGCUCCGACGCCGGCGGCGGUUGCGCGGAGUAUCGCAAGAGGCUCCUGUGGCGAGCGCAACAGGACGGUUUCAAGCCCUUGUUGCCCUGGGUCAAAAGGCACAUCUUGCAGUCCGCCACCUUCCACCUGACGUUCUCGGCCCUCGCCGUGGCAAAGGCGAAGUGCGAGGUGGCCUGCGUCGCCUGUGCGCGGAAAGAUUGGCUUGAGAACCUUUAUCCCGUGUACCUUUGGCGGGGGGCCACCGAAAAACGGAUUAUCACAGAGCUCCGGCACACAGGCAGCGGAACCUCGACGUUCCUCACUUGCGGCGACACUCUUUGCUUCGGGGGCCGUGACAAAAUCAACGGGCACUUGUCCACGGACGGGCGCAUGGAGCGAUGGCCGUUGAUCCCGAAGGCCGAGGUCCUCGCCUCUUCCGUGCUGCACCCUUCAGACCACUCCAUGGCGCGGUUGCUACACGCCCGACGCAUACCGCUCCUACCCGACAGCCGACAGGGUCGCCCCAGCAGUGAUGCACAGCCUGUGCACCAAAGGGGCCAGCAGGGCAGCAAUGAACAGCCUGCAGUCCGCGAUGUCGGGGCGCCGAUGUGCGCUGGGAUCGGCGAUCCUGACCAGACAGCGCACAUUUGCCACGAUUGUGCAGUCUGUUUGUGCACCGAAGAGAAGUUCAUCAAAAUGCCCGAGUUUGCCCCCGCAAGCGAUCUCUGGCAUGGUCGGGGGCGCACGGCCCUUCAGAGCGCAUCCCUGGGUCUACGGAUGUUGCUGGGCCCUGGCAGGGCAUGUUUCCGCAAACACUUGGUGGGCAAGGGCCAAAAGGAGACGCUGCAGUCAGGAUCCACUGGCAACCGCAUCCUGAUCUCGCAAGCUUCGGCCACACUCGCGGAGGCACUACCGCCGUCCUCCACGCACUUGAAGGACAGGUUCGUUGUGAUUUUCGGCCGGGACACUGACGACCUGCGCAAGUGUCAGCUCCUCACCGCGCAGUGCGAAGCCGACAAGGCCCUCGCUGCGGAGCGCGCCCGGGUCAACGCCAUCUUCGCCAAGAUUUCCGUGGGCCAUGCCGCCGUGGAUGCUCUCCCGCUCAACGGCGUGCCACAGCAAUUCCUGGACUGCGCCGUCCAGAUGCCGGAGGUCGAGCGUUGCAGCGCGACGCGCUCAGGGCCGGGCACCGUCCGCGAUCCUUUGGACGCGGCCCGCCCCGAGGACGAUGCCCCCGACGAGCUUUCUGAGAGCGACGACGACGAGCACACUGCGACAGCGUCGGGGGGGGGGGUGCUCCAGCUGGCGCUGCGCAGCCCAGCGCUGCCUCACAAAACGUG